AGUGCAGUGUGCCCAUAUAUUUAUCUAGAGCCUGAAUUUGAAAUAUUACCUAACCUUAUACUUUACACAACAGGUUUCUCUGAAACAUUUUCUUGAUCAUCAUGGGUUAGUGAAAAAAAGCUGUGAGCACACAAGUACACAAGAUUUUGUGUACCAUCUCCUAUCUCUUUAAUCGUCUUGACUUCUCAGAUUUGUUGCUGGAAACCUCCAAAGCAUCCUGAUUCCCAGGCUGCAUUAUACUGCAUCAGUCAAGGAUAAUGAUUUAAUAUCACAGCCUGCAUUUUGACAGCAUUCAAUCCUUAAUGUUUGGUUUAUAUAUUUUUUUUUUUUUGCAAUUGCUGUUUUUGAACAAUCCAGUUUCUAUUUGUAAUGUCUGCAUUAUAACCUAUAUUCUAACUGAGGAGCUUCACUGUGAUCAAGAUCUCUUCUGCAAAUUAAAACUGAGCACAGAGGAAGAAGAAAUGAGAUAAGGCACACAAUAAAAAACAGAAGAUUCCACUCACAUGCAAACAUCAUCAGGCAUAGUACAGAGUUGUCUAACUAGGCCAAAAAUUAAAUGUCACACACGAAUCAAUGGAAAAGAAUAUUUGUUCUUCCAUUUAACUUUAAAGCAUAUUUAAAUCAUUUUCUAGAAAUAUUUUGAAGUGUUUGUAGCUGUUGACUGCAGGCUAUAUAAGUGUCUUGGAUGUGAGUGCACACAGCAUGAGCCUGUAAUAAACUAAUAGAAUCAUACAUAUUCAGUAAAAGGACAUCUUUGUUUCAAACAUGUAAAGAGGGAUAGUUUUGUCCCUAACCCUAGCCUGGCGUUUCAAGCAUAUUAAGCUCUCUGCCCUGCUCUGUAAUCUCGCGAGAACGGCCCCUCACGGUGGUGCCUGGGCGAUGCGAUGCUGUUGCUGUGGGUUUGAUUGACAGGAAACAUGUCGGUGUGGUGGGAGAGAACCGGGAUGCAGCUGCUGCCUAGGGAGACAGGGAGUACCUGCAUCCAGUCCGCACAUCAGCACCUUUAAAACCAGCAGGCUUUUCCCCGACGCGUCUACUUAUGGUGCGCUGAACAGCUUCUUCUUCUUCUUUUUCUUUUUUUUUUCAAACAUACAUUUGAAAGAAGUGGAACCCAAUGGAUGCAGACCGCGUAGUCCCGCUUGGUAUCUUCAUACUGUGUUUGAUUUAGCCCACAACCAGAGACACCUUGAUGAAACAGCAGGAACUACGAGGACUGUUGUUGCAAUGGAGUCGACUCUCUCACGGCUCAAAGCCCGUCUCUAAACCUUCAACAUCUCGUUUCAUGGCGUUUUGCAGGUUGCUCCGUUCCGUGGGUUUCACCACGCUCCUUUCUUGAAUAAUCAUCAAUAUUUUUUUCCCCUUGUUUUUGAAUUAAUUCAUUCCUUUUUUGUUAAGUGCAGCGGAAAAAAACGUCCACUGUUCACAAAACUAUGAACGAGGAGAUGACAAAAAGCGAGGAGCAGCAUCUUAGUUUGCAGAAAGCCUUGCAGCAGUGCGAGUUGGUGCAAAAUAUGAUAGACAUAAGCAUUUCUAGUUUGGAGGGUUUACGGACCAAAUGUGCCACAUCCAACGACUUGACACAAAAAGAGAUACGAACGCUGGAGGGGAAGUUGGUAAAGUACUUCAGCCGCCAGCUGUCCUGUAAGUGCAAAGUGGCCUUAGAGGAACGCAGUGCCGAGCUGGAGGACUUUCCUCGCCUCGGCCACUGGUUCCGCAUUGUCAACUUGAGGAAAGAGGUCACACAGGAAAUGAGUCCAGGUGAGGUGACCCUGGAGGGCUUGCUGGAGAUGAGCGAGGAGCAGGUGUGUGAGCUGCUGCAAAAGUUUGGUGCCAGUGAAGAGGAGUGUGCCCGUCUCAACGCUUCCCUCUCCUGCCUCAGAAAGGCCCACCAGCUCGAACAACUUGAGGAGGAUAAAUUGCACAAUAAUGGAGGGAGCCAGACCAAACAGGACUGGUCCAUUCAGUGGCCCACAUCAGAAUCUGGCAAAGAAAACACUCCGGUGUGCCAGCCAGAGGCCAGUCAGUGGAUUCGGUUCCAGCUCUCUCAAAGCCCCAAAGUCCAGUCCAAGUACAACCAGCACAUGUGCCACAGCCCACAGGCCCUGGCCCCCCCACUGUAUGCCGAUCGACUCACUGUCGACAGCCCCUCUUCAGGGCUCUUCCCUCCCUUGGACUCUGGUCAUCGCUCCCUGCCCCCAUCACCCCGCCAGAGGCAUUUUGGUCACACCCCUCCUCGGACUCAUUUGGUGGUCAACACCAUGACCCCACCUGGCACUCCUCCCAUGCGGCGAAGGAAUAAGGUGAAGGCCCCAGGAACACCACCUCCGCCAAGCCGCAAACUUAUCCAUCUUUUGCCAGGCUUCACCGCUCUGCACCGCAGCAAAUCCCAUGAGUUCCAGCUGGGGAACCGCUUGGAUGACACACAGACACCAAAAGCCAAGAAGAAGACCAAGCCCUUGAACCUUAAGAUCCACAGCAGUGUGGGCAGCUGUGAGAACCUGCCCACACAGCGCUCACCCCUCCACACUGAACGAUCUCUGCGAUCCUUCUUCUUCCCCUCUUUCAUCCCUUCUACACCACCUGUUCAUGCCGAAACACCCUCUGCAAACACUCUCUCAGUGCCUCGCUGGUCCCCACAGAUUCCCCGAAGAGAUCUGGGAAAUUCAAUAAAACACAGGUUUUCCACAAAAUACUGGAUGUCCCAGACAUGCAUAGUAUGUGGAAAGGGAAUGUUGUUUGGACUGAAAUGUAAAAACUGCAAGCUGAAGUGCCACAACAAAUGCACCAAAGAAGCCCCACCUUGCCAUUUACUGAUCAUUCAGCGAGGCGGACGGGAAUCCCUCAAAGAUCAUCAAGGAAUAACUCAAGUAGCUCGUCUGGUACGGACUGAAUCAGUGCCAUGUGACAUCAACAACCCGCUCAGGUACACAGACCUGCACAUCAGUCAGACGCUCCCCAAAACCAACAAAAUCAACAAGGAUCACAUCCCAGUCCCAUACCAACCAGACUCCAGCAGUAACCCCUCAUCCACCACCUCCUCCACCCCUUCCUCCCCGGCUCCUCCUUUGCCCAGCAGUGCCACGCCACCCUCCCCUCUGCACCCCUCCCCACAGUCAGCAAGGCAACAGAAACAGUUCAACUUGACAGCCUCCAGUUAUUUCAAAUACAAGCAACAGUUCAUAUUCCCCGAUGUUGCUCCCGAGGCUCCUCCCAGCCGAGCUCCGCAGGUCAUUCUGCAUCCCGUUCUUUCUGAACCAGGCAAUGAGGGCAACCCUUUGCUUCAAAUCGAAGUUGAACCUACAUCAGACAAUGAGGAAGGCAAUGAUGAGGACUCUGGUGAUGAGUUUGAGGAGAUGAACUUGUCGCUCCUGUCGGCUCGAAACUUCCCACGUAAGGCCAGUCAGACCAGUAUCUUCCUGCAGGAAUGGGACAUCCCCUUUGAGCAACUAGAGAUUGGGGAGAUGAUCGGUAAGGGUCGCUUUGGAAAGGUUUUCCAUGGACGAUGGCAUGGCGAGGUCGCCAUUCGCUUAAUUGACAUUGAGCGUGAUAACGAAGACCAGCUGAAGGCCUUCAAACGUGAGGUGAUGGCCUACCGAAACACUCGCCAUGAAAAUGUGGUGCUCUUUAUGGGGGCCUGCAUGAGCCCACCACACCUGGCCAUCAUUACCAGCUUUUGUAAAGGCAGGACGCUUUAUUCUGUAGUGCGAGACGCCAAAGUUGUCCUGGAUGUUAACAAGACACGACAGAUUGCGCAAGAGAUGGUCAAGGGGAUGGGCUACCUCCACGCAAAGGGGAUCUUACACAAAGACAUGAAGUCCAAGAAUGUGUUUUAUGACAAUGGCAAAGUCGUCAUCACUGACUUUGGGCUCUUCACCAUAUCUGGGGUUCUGCAGGCUGGCAGCCGCAGAGAAGAUAAACUGAGGAUCCCCAACGGCUGGUUGUGCCACCUAGCCCCUGAAAUCAUCCAGCAGCUCUCUCCAGAAACAGAAGAGGACAAGCUUCCUUUCUCCAAACAGUCAGAUGUCUUUGCUUUUGGCACCAUCUGGUACGAGUUACAUGCACGUGAAUGGCCUUACAAGAGUCAACCAGCAGAGGUGAUCAUAUGGCAGAUCGGCAGUGGGAUGAAACCCAAUCUUGCACAAACUGGCAUGGGGAAGGAGAUAUUAGAUAUUCUGCUCCUCUGCUGGGCGUACAAGCCAGAGGAGCGACCCAGCUUCUCCAAGCUGGUAGAUUUACUGGAAAAGUUGCCAAAAAGGAACCGCCGCCUUUCCCACCCAGGGCACUUCUGGAAGUCAGCUGAGCUGUAAUGGAGGCAUCGAUGGGACAGUGUCUUUGUGUGAAGCUCGUCCUCAGCUCUGCUCACAUCUGCUCCACCGCCUGCCUGCCUGCCCUGCCACCCACCUUCCCACCCUCUCUUGUCCCACCUUGCUUCCACAACCCCCACCUUUCCUGCUCCUUCUUCUUGCUCCAGCUCUUACACGUUCCCCCUCAUGCCUGAAUGGACCCUUUAGCGGUCAGUAUUGGCCCACUUUGCCAGAGUGGGUGACAAAACACACCGCAGACUUUCAAACAGAGAGGCCUUUCUCCGCUCUAUGCCUGAAGCCCUUCCCUAAAACACCCUGUGUCUUUCUGUUGAACACUCAACAAUCCAUGCACCACCAUUCAUGCUACGUUGCAACUCAUUUUCAGCUGCAAGUAUGUUCUCCAGUAUCAUGACUGUGCAACAUAUCCUUCUUAGCUUUUUAAGCUUUGCUCUUGGGGGACAUUUUCACAGCAGCUCGCUACAAAGUUGUUAACUGCAACAUUUCAUUUUGCAAGUUGUUUUUUGUUGUUGUUGUUGUUUGUUUUGUUUUGAUAUUUCUGACACUUUAAACUGAUUUGUAAAUCAUUUUUGAAGACCCUACAUCUCCAUAAUAUUUACUAAUGGUACUUGCUAAUGAAAAUUUGUCACUAUGUAUUUGGAAUAUUUAAAAAAUCCAAAAUCUAAUGCUUCUUAGGGGUUUAACUGGAAAAAGCUGUAUGAGUGUUUUGUUCAACUCCAAAAGAAUCAUAAACCUUAAAUCCCCCAUUGUUUUUAUAGUUCGUCUCCAUCAGUGGGGCUUUAAAAAACUGUGCUUAAAAGUAUCUAUUUAAUAACCUAACCCUACCCAACUUAUCUAUAAUUUCCACUGCACCACUUCAUUUUUUUCUGAAUUUCUGUGCUUGUAACCAGUCGCACACUUAAACUAACAAACUUGGCCUCUAGAAAUACCAAUAACAUGUUUCAAAUUUGCCACAAAAAAUGCAUUUCUAUAAAACAUACUGAGAACGAUGAAAUAGAACGUCUUAAAUAUAGUGCAGCGAAUGAAUAGCUCAGAUGUAGUAUGACACAAAGCUUCAGUCAGUGUUUAAAGAAAAAGAUCGCUGUUUUGUUUUAAUUUAAGGGCAAAAUGUCUUAAAACACCAACGUAAGGUCUGAUCUUAUUUAACCAAACAUGCUGUCGCUGCUAAAAUACAGACGUAAAUGCCUGCCUUUGGCAUCACAACUGCAAUAUAAAUUAUAGAACAAAACCCACCAUCAACCCCAGCCACCUACAGCACUUGCAGAUUAUGCCAGUACAUACAUGUAGCACUACUACAAAAUGUAGUGCCUUAUACACUUGACAUUGCCUGUACACAGGCUUCAAGAAAGGCAGCGAUCAAGUUUCAUAAGUUCCCAUAUAUAAAAUUUCUCAGAGGCUGGGUUGAUGUGAUUCUUAACAUCAAACAUCUGAACAUUCUGCACACAACUGCAUUUACCCACAAACUACAACUCGUGGCCACUAAGCAGCUGUAUCUGUGCAGUUCGGAGGUCAAGUGCCUUUUUCAAGGACAUCUCAGCAGCAGGGGUCAGGAAAGCAAAAAGGUGACUCUUUUUUGUCACUCAUAUUGUCCCAGUUGAUUUUCAGCUUUUUUUAUCUGAAUCCAAAUGUGAGAACUUUACUGGCUGUACAAACCAGAAAUCAUCACAUCAGACAGUUUCUCUUCUUGCACAGAGAAAUUACAGCUUGAAAGAAAGCUUUACAUUUCAAAAUCUAAUCCAAGAUUUUCAACUUUACCAGGCAAGUUUGAACAAGUCACUGCUUUUGAAAAAAAAAAAUGGAGAGGUGCAGUGCUGGUGGAGGGAAUCAAACCUUCCAAUGAGAGCAUCUCAGUUUAAUUGAUUCCAUUACAUGGUCUACUAACUUAGAAAUCGACACACCCAUUUGUCUGGAGUGACAAAUUAAUCUCUUCCAAGUGAGUGAAGAAGAAUGGAAUGAAUUCCAAAAAUUCCAUACCCACGAGACGAAUGUUAAAAUACCUCUGCUGAUAUUCACAUCCAGUGAAAUGAAUGUGAGUUUUUGUUUUUCUCUGAGAGAUUUGCUUCUACAAUAUUAGAAUCUGUGAGUGAUGAGAAAUGUUUUUUUGAAGCUGUGUACAUGCUAUGUGAGCAAAUUACAGAGACAAAAAAUGUGCUAUUUGGACAGAAUAUUUAUAUUUGUGUUUAUGAAAGACAAGACAAUAUUUGAAACUCUUUCCCCACACAUGCAGGUGUCUAAUGACCUCACAGCUAUGCAAUGAAAGCAAUGGACAUAAAUAAUCAUCGGUGACAGUUUUGUGUUUUGUAUUUAUUUAGCAGUCAGAGUCAUCUUUUGUCUUUGAGUACACCUGUAACAUUUACAUAGAACUGAUGGAUAGUGUUUCUUUUUUCAUAGUGCAGAAAAUUGGAGACAUAUCUUCAAAGGAUGAUGUUUUGCUAAUUAAGAUGGAGCUUUCAGUGACCUCCCUGUGCACUCUUUAGUGAGAACACUUAAAGCCACAUCCACCAUAAGCUUCACUACUAGAAACAUAUAAGUGUCUACAGAGGCUGCCUGCAGAAUACUUUUAAGGAUUGGCGCUGUACUGCUCAAUUCAUGGCCACAACAUAGCUAAAUAUGGCAUAGUACUCUAUGUUCCCUUUGCAAAGAAUUCAAAUGUAAACAUGUCCGUCCUUGGACAAAAUGAAUUAGAAUUGUUCUGCCUGAAUUGCUUUGCAGUUGUUUGUUUGAAUGGCUACUUUUAUAUGCACACAAUAAUGCCAUUAUUACCAAUAAUGUGAGCAAAGCAUGAGCCUGAUUAAGCCUUUGACGUGGUUUCAUACUGUGACAGCACCCCCACUCCUCCCCAAUUAAUGAAAUCUUUUUUGUGAUUGAUGUAUUAUGUUUGUGUGUGUGGUGUGUGUGUGUGCAUUUGUGUCAAAGUGAAAUGAUGGCUGAACAUAAAAGGGGAAAGUUUUUUUUGUUGGUUUGUUUUUUUUUUCUUUUCAGUAUGCUCCACUAAAAAGCUUGAGGCAGUGGCAACCAAGAGACAUAGACAAGAUCUUAUGUUAUGUGCAUCCUGCCUGGAGCUGUACUGCCUUAGUUUUACACCUGGAAUAGGAUCUCUUAAAGAAAUGACAACUUUUCUGUUCCACGUGUGUUCUGGCAUUAAAGGAUGUAUAUGGUGAGUCUAUUUUUCUAACGAUCAACAAAUUCCAAGAAAUAAAAAACUUGUUAGUUCAAGUCUCACUUCCCUAUCUUGUGGUAAUAGUUUUAUUUAAUAAUCCAAGAUUUUAAAAAAGACCAAUUUAUAUACUUUCCAUUUUUCAUGUAAAAAUCUCCACCAUGUCUUUGGUAUUAAUUUAAAUCGUGAAGCGAACAUCAGCCACACUAGGGAGAAGUCUGAAAGUCCUAGCUGGGGGAAGCUGAUUUAGCACAGUGCUUUUCAGACAAUGAAGUAUUCUGCAUCCUGUGUGAGUGUACACAAUGUGGUCAGAGGACAACCACCAUUAGACCUAUUUCUCAGCAGUUCCUCUUAAUCUUCCUACAUGCACUUGGCUAAUAGGGCCCCGUGGAGAUCAAACACUGUGGCAGGGCUUCAAAAAAUGAUUCACAGAAGAAGAAAGGCAGCACCAGACUGCAAAAUGAGGUGUUCUCAGCUCCUCUGCAUGCCUAAUUGAUCAAUGAAAUAUUUUCAGGUGACCCAAAACACAGUGAUCCAUGUAAACCAACUUUCCAUGACAAAUACAGAUGAGUACAUGCAGUUGAGAGAAUGCGAAGGUGAUUAUUUUCCUGCUGAGAACUGUUCAUGGUUCACUGUCGAGAGCAUCGAGGACAGACAAACAAGGCAGGCUCAGAGAAGUGGAACUCUGGAUGCAUAUAAGGCUGAUGCGUAGGCUAAACAUGUGAGGAUGAUGCAGCCUUGUAGUGUGAUGAGGAAUGCUGAGACACACCAUGAAAGUGUUUCAAUCUGACUGUUAUAACAGGGAGUGCAUUGAAAGGGCUUCUUACAAAACUUCUGUCACUUUUUUCCCAGAGUUUUGUUUGGAAAGAUUUAAAUUCAACUAUCUCUGUCAUCAAAUGAGUCAAACUUGAGAAUGUACAGGAUGAUGUCAAAUACAAGCAGCUUUUCUAAAAGGAGAGAACAUAUUAUCCUGAAUUUACACAACAACCUCCUUUCUGAUGACAACUGCUCAUACUGCUGAUUCAAAUGUUUUUAGCAUUUAAGUGGAUACUGUUUGUUGUAUAUGAGUAUUAUUUUGGUCCAGGCCUCAUCUCACUGUAAAGCAUAUCCUUUUUUGCCUCUUUUGUUGCCAUUAUUACCUUAAAAUGCUUUGCUGCAACUGUCAUAAUGCAACACUUUGAUGCCCCCUGCCUCCAGAUUUCUGAUUUUGAUUAUGAAAAAAAAAGAAAACAUAUAUUUCUUCAUCAUCAAAGUCACCGUCAUUUGUGGUCCUCAGCGUUAUCAUCCUCAUAACAACAUCAGCAAAAACACAUAAUGUUGUCCUCAUUCAAAAGAGCCUAUCUCUCAUUCAAGCUUGUAAUGGAACUUCAUUUGUAUAAUUUGUACAGUAAAGUUUAUAAAAGUUUUCUACCCUUUCAAAAAUGAUUUAGUUUCUGCUGUUCAAUUGAAUGUCAAAGAAAAAAAAAACAUUUGCAGGCCUUGAUAUAAAGUUUGUGUUUUUUGUGCAGCAUUUGGGUUUGUUCUACUGUUCAUAAGAGGAAAAAAAAAAGUCAAUAAAAAAUUUAA